ACGGGCUGCAUGCCUGCGUGGCUGUCGGCACGGCAGACGCAGGCGCGUGCGCGACGACACCCCCGCGCCCACCCAUCGAUUAUAGCCUGGCUGUGACCUUUUCGCGCCCGAAAAACUUUGCUGCAAGCACAGCAGAAAAGCAGCUAUACAUACUAGCUAGCUCCACCGCAAAUCCGAGGAGGAGGGAGCUGGCGGAGGCGAAACAAAGCGCAGCGCUAGAAGGGAGAGCGAGCUGAGCCCAGCUGAUCCUUAGUUGAGGAGGAGUGUCGGAUGGCGGAGGGGAAGAAGGCGAGGCCGAGGGAGGAGGAGCUCGUGGAGGCCGCGCUGGCCGCGGCGGCCGCGGCGCUGCUCGUGUCGGGGGUUAAGAGGCUGGUGGUGGCGCCGGCCGCGGCCGUAGCGCCGUGGUGGUGGCCCGCGUCGUCGUCGCUCUCGGUGCCGUCGCCCGCGCUGUUCCUGCUCCUCAACGUCAUCAUCGCGUCCAUCGUCGUGGCGUCCGUGCAGCCGCGGCGGCGGGGAGCGGCAGCGUCGUCGGCGGGCGCCAUCGACGACGAACGGGAGGCGCCGGCGGCGCGGGGAGACGCCGCGAGGAGGGCCAAGAGGACUAGGAGGAGCAAGAAGCGAACGGCGGCCGAGGCCGCCGUUGCGGAUGGCUGCUGCAUGGCGCUGGUCGUCACGGACGAGCCGAUAGAGACGGCGGCGGCGGUGGUGAUGGAGGAGGAGGUGGUGGCGGCAGAUGAGGAAGCGGCCGGCAAUGCGGAGGAGGUGAACAAGCGGGCUGAAGAGUUCAUCUCGGCGUUCCGGCACCACCUCAGGGUCGACUCCUUCUCGUCCGGAACCCGCCGAAGCAACGCUAGAACGGCACCAUGCUCUUGACACCUUCUGUGUGUGUUGCAAACAUAUAUGGUUUCGUCCCCAGUUUCAAAGAAUUUUUAAUUUUUGUUCCAAGUUUUCUUUUUCAUUUGAGUGUAGUUACUCUCUUGACGUCAGUUUAAUGCAAAUUCGCUUGCUUGUUUUUUCCCAUUA